AUGGCUACCUCCUCAACCACUUCAUUCCUAAGCCUUCCUCCCGAAAUCCGCAUCCUCAUCUAUGAAUACCUCCUGGUCGCUCCCAGAGACGGUUCGCUUCGUGCCAUCGCCCAUAGGCCCCGUCCCACCGUCAAUACCCGAGGAGUUCCACCUCUCUGUGGGACACCAAAACCCUGUCUUUAUUGCACUGUAGCUGUCGAGCACUACGUAUGCUGGUCCGAAAACCUUUCCUGUCUUCAACACCAUCCCGGUCGCACCCUUAUGGCAAGAACUGGUGGACGCAUCUAUCCAGCCGUCCUAAGCGUCUCGAAACUCACCUAUAAAGAGGCGAUGCCCCUGCUAUACUUCAACCUGAGGCUCUCAUUUCUCAUCACUGGUCACGACGACGUGCAUAACAUACUCAAGUCACUGCCUCAGUUUCCGUGCAAUGUCGCCCACAUCCAUCUCAACAUCCACUUCGAAAUGACCAUUACCGCAUCGGAAAGAGAGAUCAUCAUGGACGCAAUCCAUAUUCUUGUGUUCGUCCUGAACCAAUACGAGCCGGCCAUGCUUUCCGGUACCGUCUGUCCCAGCCCGCAUAACAGUCAGGCAAAGGCCCAGGGUAUGAUCCACGAGAUUUUCCGCAGAUGUUACUUGAUGCCCCGCAAGGAGCCUGUGGCUGUCAUGAGUGAUGCAAAGCGAGCCGCGCUGGACUGCAGAACGACUUCGCGUGGCAAGAUGGCGUACGAGCACGAGCGAGUCAAUGCUACGUUGAGAUUGACCGCUAGCCGUCAGCUCAACAAGAGCAAGGAUGACCUGCCUAGUUGGCUCGAGGAGUCACACGACAUCCGUAAGCACAUCUAG